UAUGUGAGGGAUCAUGUCCGCUCAAUCAACUUGUCCGAGUAUUUCAAUUAAUACAUCUCGACUAUGAGAAUAAUUUUUGUCAGUCUCUGAGUGGCUGUAUUUUAAACUAAUAGUCUUUAAUCUGAGUCGGAUCCUGCUAAACACUUUAUGAACAGUGUGUAGAAUCGAUCUACCCAGGAUUUGAUACUUCCUCUGUUUUAGAACAGCUUCAUGGUGCAUACGUUAGCUACCUGCUAACGUUAGCAUAACUGUUGCAUUUACCUACGAUUAGGACUUAAUUCGAAGCUUCAGGCUUUGGCGGCCAGAUGCUGGGGAUAAUGGAUAGGAUUGCAGAAGGAAAGAUGGAGAGGUGUGUGCAGCCAGCCACACAGACAUGCAAGUUGUGGCAGGUCGGUAGAUGAUAAAGUGAUGGAGAUGUUAGGAGGCCACAGCCAUUGUGAUGCUGGGUGGCUGUUACUCUGGAACUGCCAUCUGCCGAAAAGGGUGCUGUGUAAUGAUAUCCUCAGCCUGAAGGUGGCAGGAGAUCCAGUGCUAACCCCUAACUCAGUGUGCCUGAGGCUGGCAGGCCUCAGUAAACGUCAGAUGCGGAUGUGUGUGCGGAGCCCCGAUGUGACUGCCUCCGCUCUGCAGGGCAUCCAGGUGGCCAUCCACGAAUGCCAGCACCAGCUCCGGGACCAGCGCUGGAACUGCUCCUCACUGGAGGGCCUUGGCAAGCUUCCCCACCACAACACUAUCCUCAACAGGGGUUUUCGUGAGAGUGCCUUUUCCCUGGCCUUGUUGGCAGCGGGUGUGGCUCACUCUGUGGCCUCGGCCUGCAGCAUGGGCAAGCUGCGGGGGUGUGGCUGUGAGGCCAAGCGUCGCCAGGACGAUGACAAGAUCCGGCUGAAACUCACACAGCUGCAGCUGCAGACCCUGCAGAAGGGUGGGGUAGGCCUGGGCAUGGCACGGUCAUUACCCUCAGAGCUAAAUGGCCAUGGCGACCUGCCUGCUAAUCUGCGCUCCACCCACCCCUCUGCCCUGCUCAAGCCUUUACCAGAGGAGCUGAGCUCCAUGCAGGAGACCUGGGAGUGGGGGGGCUGCAGUCAUGAUGUCCGUUUUGGAGACCGUUUUUCCAGGGACUGGCUCGACUCCCGCGGGUCUCCAAGAGACAUCCACGCUCGCAUGAGGAUACAUAACAACCGGAUGGGACGACAGAUAGUGACUGACAACAUGAAGAGGAAGUGCAAAUGUCAUGGCACAUCAGGGAGCUGUCAGUUUAAGACCUGCUGGCAUGUGUCUCCAGAGUUUCGGCUUGUGGGUUCUCUACUCAAGGAAAAGUUCCUGUCAGCCAUUUUUGUCAACUCCCAGAACAAGAACAAUGGGGUUUUUAACCCUCGAACAGGAGACGGCGCCAGCAGGGGCACAGGGGGACUUAACGGAGGUCGUCGUCGAAGCAUGUCCAGAGAGCUGGUAUACUUUGAGAAGUCUCCUGAUUUUUGUGAGCGUGAUGCGUCCGUAGACUCUCCGGGCACACAAGGACGCAUCUGCAACAAAACCAGCUACAGUACAGACAGCUGCAGCUCGCUGUGCUGCGGCCGUGGACACAACAUCCUGAAACAGACACGCAGCGAGCGCUGCAAUUGCAGGUUCCACUGGUGUUGCUACGUGCUGUGUGAGGAGUGUCGUCUCACAGAGUGGGUCAAUGUGUGCAAGUAGAUUCCAGUUCUCCCAGUCCCAGCUGCCUUUACCCAUCCAGGACUCAAGAUGGCGAGCCUGUCCCUUAGCCCACUCAUGUUGUUUGAGUGUUUGUUUUGCUCCUUGUGUAACUCUCCCAGAGAAUCUGUUUAUCCCCUCCUUUCCUUUUUUUGGUCCAUCAUCUGGGAUCUAUUUUCUCUUUGUAGCCGCUGUUAUUCUCAAAAUGCCAAGUCAGAGAUUGAAGAGGUGACUCAUGUCGUUUGUCUUGCCAUGGUCUGUUUAGACGCUGAACUCUCAGCCAUGAAAACGGCCUAUACCCCACCUUUUCUAUCCCACAAAACAACUACGAGCAACAGCAGGAGGCAUUUCUAUUUCAAUGUCUAUAUGCUGACUCAUCUCAUUGUACAGUAGCUGUGUAUUUUAAUGUGUACGUGUAUAUUUGUAAAUGUAUUAUUAUUAUUAUUAAUAUUAUUAUUGUGUUGGAGCCUCUCUUUUUGGGUCUAGUUAAUGAGAGACUUGUGCUGGGAGAAAGGCUCAGAAUGUUAAACUAGUGCUGUUAGACAACAAAGUUGCAUUAUAUUGCAAUAUAUCUUUUUACUCCUCUAAUGAUCUCCAAGAUAUUUACUCCAUUUGUAUAUUUUGCACCUGUGACUCUCUCAGAGUAAUAAUACUUAUUUGGGAGUCAGUCUCAAUAUCUUUCUAGACAAGGGUUUUACUAAUAGAAGAAGACAAGAUAACAGUCAGUGUUUUUUGAAGGACUGAUGCAUCUGAUAGAAAGCUUUCUCCUAGAAGCAAUGGGACAGAAAGCUUAUCAAAGCUGGUAUACUUGUAAAACUCAAGAUGGGAAAGUUGAUUCAACAUCAGUUUUGGAGACAAAUUAAGUCUUUCAAUUCCUUACACUGAACAACUAAUCAUUCUGAUUUAUUUACACAUUGUAACACUAGUAAUUACUUAAUGAGCGUGGUCGCUUGUGGUCAUGUCUUUUGUGAAUUCAUAUCAAUAUGCUUCCUCUUGAUAUAACUGUGAUGUGAUGUGUGUCACUUUCCCAUGAAAUCAUGACUGAGCUCUUGUUAUUCUGUGCUUGCUUUUGUCCAUUUCAUCAGUCUGAGCACUCCUUAGAUUCUUCCCACAUGUAGAACAUGUCAAAGUGAGAGAUGGACUUGCUUUAGUCUUGAACUGAUGCUUAAGGGUGUGUGUAUGUUUGAGUGUGUGUGUAUCUGUUGCUGUGUAAAUGGGGGGCGAGUUCUACGCACUACAGAUUUGGGAGGUGAGAGCCUUUUUUAUGGCCACUUCAUGCUGAGAGAAGGACUUUUUAUGGCUGCAGGAUAUUGUUUCCUUCAAGUAUGAGUUUUAUUACUGGAGAGAAGCAUCAAGAGAGCAGAGAGUGGGGGUGAUUAUACCAGUCUUUGCUGUGUGAGCAUCUGAGGGGAUCAUCUGUCCAGAGUUCAUAGCCAAAGAAGGGACCACGUGGAACGCUGUGUCCCUGUUACCUGGGCGACAGACUACACAAACAUAAACACAUGCGUGCGUUUAUGUACAAAGAUACUAACAUGUAGAAAUAUUGGCAGUGAUGCAUAAAAACAUGCAUGCUGGGUACAGGCAUAUGAACUGGCAGAAAGAAUUCCUGGUGACCCGAGUGAUUUGCAUUCUCAUUCUUGUUACACUGCAGAUUUAGCAAAACGCUAAUGUCAACACCUGACUGAAUUUAUGAUAGCAGCAUUCCUAGAUAUCUUAGAUGAUCCAAACUGUCUCCAUGCUCAGUCUGCUGAGAAAACCUCUUCUGCCAUAUAGGAUUUAAUGCCAAUUAAGUCUUGUUUGUAUGGACUUUGGUAAGUAUCCCUUGACUCCUAAGGAAUGGCAGUGCCAGUGGCUGAAUCGACUGUUCUGUCUGUUUGGUAUUUAGUGAGGGAAUAAAAGGGAGACAGCGACUGCUGUGGAAUGAUAAGGGAAUGGAUUUCUGGUUUGCAUUUCUUCAUUCCUUUAUCAUUUCACCCUGGAGCUGCUGCGAAAAGGGAAUUUCCUGUCACUGUUUCUCCCAUGUGUGAGACAGAGGUUGGUGGACAGCCUGGGAUUGCUGUUUCUCCCUCUCUGCGCUCUUUUUCUCUCUUCCCCAUUCUCCCCCUCAUCGCUGCAGACAUAGACACAUGCAUAGCAACACAUUGACUGCCCCCCGAGUAAUGACAACCAGACUGAGCUGAAAUUAAAGAGAGGGAGGCAGAGAGAGGAAGUUAGGAGAGAUAAAAGUUACCCACUUUGAUUGACAGGAUGAUUAUAUGUAUAAAGUAAGGCGAUUUAGUGUGUUUAGUUGGAUAUAAAGAUAGGGAGAUAGAUCCUUGCUGUACGUACGGCAGAGAUGCAGAAGCAAAGGACAAAUGGGGUAUGGAGAAGGGGGUGAAUAAAGUGUACUCUGUAUAAAUACAUGCCUCAAAACAU